AGCCUCCCCGGCCGCGCAUGCGCACACGGAGCGGCCGCGACCGGAGCCCGCCGUGUCCCUCGGCCGUGUCCCCGUGUCCUUCUGUCCUCGCCAUGCUCACCUGUGCCAAGCUCAUCUCGGCUCCUGCUCUUGUGCGGCCGGGCGCGGCGCGGGCGCUGCGCACGAGCGCUGCCCUCGGGGACAUCGACACGGGGGUCUAUGGAGGGGACAGGGCUCUGGGAGGGGACAGGGGCUCUGGGAGGGGAUGGGGGGCUUUGGGGGGACAGGGUCUAUGGAGGGGACAGGGCUCUGGGGGGAGGACAGGGACCGAGGUGGCCGUGCCCCGGCCCCGCUCCCGCAGGAACCCGUCCCUGAAGCAGCAGCUCUUCUCCUACGCCAUCCUGGGCUUCGCGCUCUCCGAGGCCAUGGGGCUCUUCUGCCUCAUGGUGGCCUUCCUCAUCCUCUUCGCCAUGUGAGCGGCGCGGUGACAGCGGGCACGGCCAGCCAAUAAAGACGGUUCGGUGACA